UUUAGCCUGCUGGGAGGAAAAGGUGUUGUGCGGGCUCUGGACAUCUGGUCCCAAGCAGCAGGGCCAAAGCUCAGUCUUCAGAAUGGACCAGGAGAAGAGUCAUGUAACUGAGCAAAUAUUAAGUUUUACCCUGGAGAUCAUCUAUUUGCUCACCGGGGAUAACUAUGGUCCCUUGAAGAAGACACUCAGCAGCUGCCUCGACAUCCCAGGAAAAUUGAGCAGGACUCAGAACCUUAUCACAUUGCCUUCAUUUCAUCCGAUAUAUGAGAGAAACAAUGAGCAGAAGAUUUUGGAACUCACUAACAAGAUCAUUCAUCUGCUGACUGGAGAGGUUCCUAUAAGGUAUCAGGAUGUCACUGUCUAUUUCUCCAUGGAGGAAUGGGAGUAUUUAGAAGGACACAAGGAUCUAUACAAGGACGUCAUUAUGGAGACUCAUCAGCACCUCAAAUCACUGGAUGGGUCUAAGAGAAAUACACAAGAGAGAAGUACCAGUCCUCUUUGUCCACAGGAUGCUAAAGUGGAAAACCAAACUGUGAUUCAAGAUUGUAUUAUGAACCCAAACGAAGUCUCCAAGAAACAUAACAAGGUUGAAGAUGUAAGUAUGGGGGAAGUUGAAGUUGCUCCUCAGAUCAAAGGAAAAAGAAUGAAUGCCAUAAGUGAACAGCAGCAGAAGGAAACGAUUAUAGAUCUUACCCCAGAAGCAUACAGUGUAACACCAGAAAGAUGCACCAGUCCUCCUCAUCCAGCACCUUAUGCAUUAAAUGAGAAAGCCUUCAAAAAACAGAAUGAGGAUGAAAAUCUGAAUAUUGUCAUAAUUGACAUUGAAGAAGAAGAUGAGGAAUAUAUAGGGGAUGACCAGCAGUGUAAAAUGGAGGUACAGGUUCCUAGAGGUGUUAGUACAGCCCUUGAAGACAGCGGACAGUCUUCGGGAAUCAGUCCCCCUUCUAUCCCAAAAAACUAUGAUUUUUACCAGAAUUUUCUCCCAGGUGCUAACUAUAACUCUGAAAUGCAAUUUGCUCAAAAUCCAGAUUUACAUUCUUUUCACUACAGACAUGAACUGUAUUUCCAAGAUCCUGGAGUUAAACCCCAGUCAAAAGUGGGAAAUAAACAGUACAUUUGUACUGAAUGUGGGAAGUGUUUUCCUCGAAAUAACGAUUUGGCUAUGCAUAAGAGAUUGCAUCGAGGGAAGGUUCCUCUUGUCUGUUCUGUGUGCGGCAAAUGUUUUCCCAGUAAUUCCCAUCUCUUAAUACAUUUGAGGAUUCAUGCAGAAGAGAAGCCCUUUAGUUGUUCAGAAUGUGGUAAGAGUUUUAAGAGCAAUUCUCAUCUAGUGACUCACCUAAGGAUCCACAGGGGAGAAAAGCCUUUCAUCUGUCCGGACUGUGGAAAAAGCUUUAACGACAAAUCCAACUUCGGAAGGCACAAGCGAAUCCACACGGGCGAAAAACCGUUUACAUGUAGCGAAUGUGGAAAAGGCUUUAAUCGCAAAGCCAAUCUUCUAAUUCAUCAGAGAACCCACACUGGGGAAAAGCCUUUUGCCUGCUGUGAUUGUGGGAAGCGGUACACCAGCAAAGCUGAACUGGUCCGACAUAAAAUUUUCCACAUGGAAGGGAAACAGUUUUCAUGUUUGGAGUGUGAUGAAAAAUUUAAUGAGAAAUCCAGUCUCCUCCUCCACCAGAUGAUUCACAAAGGAGAGAAACCGUUUUCCUGUGCAGACUGUGGGAAAUGUUUUGCCAACAACUCCCAGCUGGUAACACACGAGCGCAUUCACAAAGGAGAGAAGCCAUUUGUGUGUCAAGAAUGUGGGAAAAGCUUUAAUGACAAGUCAAAUUUCAUCAGACAUAAGAAGAUUCACACCGGGGAGAAGCCCUUUGCUUGUUUCGAGUGCGGCAAGGUCUUUAACCGGAGAGCAAAUCUCUUGUUACAUCAAAGAACUCACACAGGAGAGAAGCCAUUUGCCUGCUCUCAUUGCGGGAAGUGUUUCACAAGCAAUUCAGGUCUCGUUGUACAUCAAAGGCUUCACUAUGUCUAACUGUUUUUAUGAAAGAUUUCGUAAAAUAAAAAAUCUCUUUGUACAAUCUCAGGAGAUUUGCCGGUUCUGGGAGGGAAGGGGGGCAACUUGGCAAAAAUCAUAUGGGAGCAGAGUUUCACAUAAGACAUUUCUUACCACUAUCAUCCAUGAAGGAACUUUUCAGUUGGGCCUUAAAGUGUUAAUUUUUUCACAAUGCCUCUUGACAGUUUCUUGGCUUUAGGGAUUAAUACUUGCACUCAACCAGUAUUAAAACUGAUUAUACAAAUCUAUGAUCGGUAGAUGACUUCUAUAACGUGAUUAGAAAGAAUAUGCUUGCCAUGGAUACAGCAUAUUUCUUUUCCUUACAAAUGUUUUAAAGGGUAUAAUUUAUUUUUUAUUGUUCAUAUUACAAAUAUGUCUCAUUUUCACAAUUUCAGUUAUCCAAAGCCAUUCGUGUGAGAGAAAGUUUGUUUACACAGUUAUGGUGGUCUCUUCCUGCUGUCUUCUCCAUUCUAUCCAGCUACAAAUGUCGAAAAAGAAAUUAAAUGGGAUGGCCCAUGAACGACAUUUAUCACCUCUCCACGGGAUAAGUAAUAAAUAUAUGAUUGUUGGAAUUUUGACCCCUUUAGCCCCUGUGAUCACAAGAACGAGGUCCUCAAGUCCCCUGCGUCAAUGGAGCGGCAGUGCACGUGCGGUCUGUGGGACUGAGUUCAGCGCUUGGCUAUUACUUCUAGUCCUAUAGAUGUUAAUGGAGUCGUGGUCACACAUGCGCUAUGGCUGUAUUCAGACAGGGAACUUGAGGAACCCUGUUCUUGUGAUUGGUAGGAAUCCUGUGGAUAGGCAAUAAAUGUUUGUGGGCUAACACCUUUAAAAGGGUUGUCUCGACCAAGAAAAUACACUUCACUUUGCAAUUCCACAGUGAUCUUUCCUGCUACAAGCACCUCCAGCAAACAGCUCAUUUUGCCAGGAAAGCCCGGCCAGACACACAAUUGGAUGAAUGGUCGUCCAUGUCACAGUAUAUUCAUACAUAGCACGUUUGUUGCAAAAAUGUCUGCAAAAAAAAACAAAAAACUGUUCCCUACAUCUGAAAGGAGUUGUUUCUGCAGUAUGAUGUGGAUUUCUACAAGCCCCAUUCAGAUGAAUAGGACAGUCAGCAAAUUUUCUACAAAUCCGCUGUGUGUGAAUAUACCCUAAUACAGAGUUGCUCAUAGAGGUGGGUACAAUGGGUGAUCCCCCACUGACGUCCGUAUGCUCUGUCUCAUGAAGAUGACCCCUUAAAGCAUCCCUGUCUGCACUCAAAAAUCAAUUGAUCUGUGAUAUACAACAGGAAAUAUGGUAUAUACAACAGCCCUAAAAAAUUACUGCAGUGCGAGUUAACUGAAGGUCCGGUACAUGGUUUGACCCCUAACUGUUUUGCUGUCUUGUGUAAAGUUUUCAGGUUCUCCCAUGUUUUUUUAGGUUUCACACUCCAAAAAUAUUGUGGUUAUACUAUUGGUUAAGUAACGUCCUAUGAAACUGAUCCUGUUUUUGACGGAGAUUGGGAAAUUUGAUGACAAGGUACACUGGCGACAGAGAUUACAAGGUACACUGGGGACAGCGAGACCAAAAUAACACUACAGUUAUGGCCCAGUGACAAAAAAAGCAUAUGAAAAAUAACAACUACACUAUCAUUCAGUGUACUCUAUCUAAUAUUCAUAAAAUGGUUUGUUCAGGGUGAAUAGUCAUUAAAAAGGGGUCAACGAGGGAUAAAAAACGCUCACUGAUCCCUUGCAGCUCCUGUGCCAGUCCCUACAGGGCUUUGUGAUGACCUGACUGAGCCACUGAUUUGCAUUUCCUGUGUGUCUGGAGCAGACCAGACAUCAGAAUGGUAGUGGCAGGGCCCGGGAUCGGUAAGGGUAAGUAAUGCCUCUUUUAUUUAUUUUAAUCCCUCUUUUAACCCUUUCUAAAGAACCACCUUCCCCUUCCCCCACUGGUCAUCCCUUUUAAAAACCACAGCACCAAAAAUACAAUAUACACAUAGCUAUUAUCUUCUAAAAGGCCUCCAAAAAAGCACCUUCACAUCAACAGGUGGAGGUCCUCAAUCCUCAGUAUAAACCUCCAACAAACUGACCAGUCUGGAAUAUCAUUUUGUAUUAAGAUUACUCUGGAGAUUAUGUUCCCCCUUGUCUAUCUAAAUAAUAAUUUUGAAGAAGUAGAUGGCAUUGCUGCAUUAUUUAGGAUGGGUUUUGAAUGAAAUAUAUAUUUUUUAAUUAAAUGUGUGGUCCAAUUUUUUUUAUUUUAAAUGUAUGUUUUGCGUUGUUCUGUUGAAUGAUGGCAGAAUAAAAUGACUUCCUUAUGGACAGAUUGGUUGGCUUUCAUUAGACAUUCCUCAAAAACGACAGAUGUAACAAAAAAUUGUGUGAGUGUUGCUCUAACGUGGGCAUGCUAAGAUAAUGAAGCUUCAGGAAAUGUGGGUGUUGUUGUGAGAAAUGUCUUCACAUAAUUUGGGUAUGGUAUGAGAGUGUAAACUGCACAAACUCCCAGUGGGUAUGUCCCCUUGUUUCCUAUGCUGUUGGUGAAGAAUACAGGUCAUUUUAGAUAUCACCAUGUUAGCUAAUGUUUAAAAUGUUCUUUGUCUACCUGUUUUGGUAUGAUGUUAUUAAAGCGAAUCGUUCACUAUUUUUAUGGUGUCCUGACCAAGAGCAACAUAAACUAGUGACAGAUCCCAUUAGCAAAAUGUUGGGUCAUUUAUUUUAACUGACUAAAGUCUUGCUAA